GCACCUAGGCAGCAAGGUGGAGAAGAAGAUCCCGACGCUGGCUUUUUUUUGUGCUGAAGCGUCUGGAUAUCUGAGAAAUUCGCCAGGCUUUCCUUCUAGUAUGACUCUUCUUCUUCAAUUACAACCAGCAGGACGAGGCGGCAAUCCUGCGUGGUUUAUGAUGGUGGGCGUUCUUCUGAGCCCGUAUGCUCUUUGGUUAAGGGAGGUGGAGGAGUCGACUUUCGAUAAUGGCGCGCAGUUGUUGUCCACGCCGAUGCUAGGGAAGAAGGUCGUCAUGGAGAAAGACAUCCGACAACAGUACAACUGUGAAGGGGGUGGUCGCGUCUGGGGUCUGGAUUUGCGAGUGCCUGAAAUGAAGCGCGACGAAUGUUAUCUACUUCUAGGAGAUGAGGCUUCUACUGCAUUGGCACCAGAGUCCACAUCUUCUACUGCAAUCACUAGAAUGAAAGAAGUCGCAAAGCCGAAGAGUUAUUUGGGAGAGCUAGCUGCAGCAGAUAUCGCAGUGGAGAAGCAGACGAUGGCGCAAAAAGCAGAGGAAGGCGCUGCCAAAGUAGUAGAAGUAAAUCACGCAAAGAAGCCUCCACACGCGAAGGAGAUGGAGAAACUUGGGAAAGAACAAGCAGGAGAGAAGAAGGCACUCAGCAGCAAGGACCGCUGUGGUCUGGUGGUUGCAUCAUUGGCCCUGUCUUGCCGCAGAAGUGAAGGCUCGAGAUUGGAGGCGUGAGAAGGGUGAGAUGUUGAACGACGUGGGGAUCUACGUCGAUGGGUGCCGAUUGGGUGUAGGACAUGGCCGGAGUAACGUCAACCAAGAUCGGAAGGAGAUAGAUCGCGCCUGGGUUAUGAUGGCGCAUCCACGUCUCAGCCGUCUCUUCGGCAAGCUGUUGAAAAUGCAGCGGGAUGAAGUCACAGCGCCCAUCUUGUUGCACAGCAGGGCCUACAUCAUUAAGAGACACAGGACGAACUUCCCCAUUUCUGGUCUAGUGGGGCCGGCUGAAUGUGUCGCAGCAAUGUGGGGAAUCAGGGCGAGACUUGCUAGCAUUGGUGCGGACAACUACCUUCGUGACAGAUCAUACAGGAGCCCGAACCUCGAUACUAUGCGAGACCUUUGGAACCGAGCGAAGGCUGACGCUUUGAAACGAGCAGACAGAGCAUCUGGGUGGGGCAAGGAUUACCGACAGAAAUUCGACGACAUCGGCUACAUUUCGGACGCAAUGCUGAGCGUGUUCUGUUGGACGUCCGGGAGAGCCAACUAGACGGUGUCAGCGAUCUUUUCGCCUGAUUCUGCUGCACGUACUUCCGUGUCGUGAUGUCGCUCCAUGCUGGUACUGCGGACGCCUGGCGUUGAUAUUUAUAAGAGGGAAGCUAGGCAUAAGUGAUAGAAUAAUUGGUGAAG